UUUUUUUUCUUGCCCUGCUGGCUUUUCUGUCUUCUGCGAUACAUUUUACUCAAAAUAAGAGGGGGGGAUCCGCCACUGAAUUAUUUACGAAACAUUUUCAACCAACUUUAAAUUUUCUUUCUUUUCUUGAUCAGAUCCUUGAUCUUUGCUGAUAAGAAAGGAUGUCUCUGCAGCCGUUUAAGGACGAGGAGUUAAACUAUUUCAAGUUGGCUUCUAUUGUACUGAAUGAAUUCCCCAAGGCUUUACGCCAAAAGUUCAGAUCCAUGUGGGACAACACCUUUGGACACCUCCGUGGUUUCCAACGCUGGGAUGACUCCAUUGCGGUAAGAAAUCUGUUUCUUAGUGCAGAAGGUGGCAGGACCAAAGUUCCCACAAAUCUCUCUUACGAGGAAUGGGAUUGCACAGCCUUGUUCCAGGCCACUAUUUACGCGCGGUCCUUCGCUUUGCCUGACAGCGCUGGUCACCACAAGACACUCAGUGAUCUCUAUGUGAAGCCUCAUAAGUUGGCCCAUGGGAGUUUCCAUGUAUCUGUGGUGAGUCCGGGUGGAAAUGACGCUGAGACAUUUGCACUUGCAAUUGAUCAACUUCGACUGCUAAGAAAUUCGCUUUGUCACUCAACCAGCUCUGAAAUAGUCAAAGCAACAUUUGAUCUAUACGUACAACAUGCCAAAGAUGCAUUCAAAGCUCUUGAAGUCAAGACAGAUCCCAUAGAUGUCAUUGGUGGUUUGACCGAGUCGGACUUUCCCAUAAAAAAAGGUCUCAAGUUGGAGGAAGCCAUAAAAGAGGAAAGGCGAGCAUACAUCAAGUUUCUGGAGGACGUAAGCUCAGAUAUCGACGAGAUAAGAGAGCUAUUAACUGAAAUGAAGGCAGUCAAUGCAAAUAAAGAAGACAUCUCCCGGUUGGAACAAAGGAUCAACGAUCUGAGUGAAGUUCUAGCUCAAGACAAGCCAGGUUCAAGGCCAUCUCUGCCAAAAUCAUGUCUUCCACCAAAGGUUCCACACUUUACUGGCCGCCAGAGGGAGUGUGAAGAAAUCGCUGGUCACGUGGCUUCUGGAUCCACGCAAAUCGUGUCGAUCUGGGGUUCACCCGGAUUCGGAAAAACGUCGGUUGCAAUCGCCGCGGGACAUCAUCUUCAUUCUCAGGGAUUGCCAGUGUACUACCUAUCCCUACGAGGGCUUCAGUCAACAGCUGAUCUGGCAUCAAAGCUUCUUAGUCUUUUCGGACGACCUGUCGCAAGUGAACAAGAAAACCAACAGCAUCCUUCAAUUAAUGAUGAACUUUCCCGUCUUUUAAGCGAAUUGUCAGCACCCUUUACAGUAAUUCUGGAUAAUGCUGAUGAGUUAUUAAGUGAAAGGCCAAAAGUGAAAGAGGAUUUCACACAUUUCCUCGCAGACAUUCUCAGACGAAACGAGAGAGUGACAUUCGUUAUAACUACAAGGGAAUCUUUAGAAUUCAUGAAUGUGCAGUUCCAAGGCCACCAGGGAAUGAGAAUAAGUCCAUUAGAUGAACCU